AAUCUCGAGCGCUGUGUAGUGUGCUCUUUCUCUUGUGCGAACCGGGCAGUUAGCAUCACGAAAUGGCUCUACACGUGCCGAAAGCUCCGGGCUUCGCCCAAAUGUUAAAGGAUGGCGCCAAGCAUUUUUCUGGGCUAGAGGAGGCAAUUUUCCGAAACAUUCAAGCAUGCAAAGAACUGGCACAGACGACACGGACAGCCUAUGGGCCCAAUGGCAUGAAUAAAAUGGUCAUCAACCAUCUGGAAAAGCUCUUUGUCACCAAUGAUGCAGCAACCAUUCUGAGAGAACUUGAGGUCCAGCACCCAGCAGCGAAGAUGGUCGUGAUGGCGUCACACAUGCAGGAGCAGGAGGUUGGGGACGGGACCAACUUCGUUCUGGUGUUUGCCGGAGCCCUGCUGGAGCUGGCUGAGGAGCUGCUGAGGAUGGGUCUAUCUGUGUCUGAGGUUAUUGAAGGGUAUGAGAUGGCCUGCAAGAAGGCCCUGGACAUCCUGCCUGAGUCUGUGUGCUCCUCGGCCAAGAAUUUGCAGGAUGUGGAUGAGGCCACCGCCAUGAUCCGCACGGCUGUUAUGAGCAAACAGUAUGGGAAUGAGGAUUUCUUGGCCAACCUCAUUGCCCAGGCUUGUGUUUCCAUUUUUCCAGAGUCGGGAAAUUUUAAUGUGGACAAUGUCCGAGUGUGCAAGAUCUUGGGCUGUGGGUUGAAUUCCUCUUCAGUUGUACAUGGAAUGGUUUUUAAAAAGGAAACAGAAGGAGACAUCACAUCGGUCAAGGAUGCAAAGAUAGCAGUAUUCUCCUGUCCCUUUGACUGCAUGGUAACGGAGACUAAGGGGACAGUUCUGAUAAAGAAUGCUGAGGAGCUGAUGAACUUCAGCAAGGGUGAGGAGGACAUGAUGGAGGCCCAGGUCAAGGCCAUCGCUGAGGCUGGAGCCAAUGUUGUUGUAACUGGGGGCAAGGUGGCAGACAUGGCCCUGCACUAUGCCAACAAGUACCAGCUCAUGGUGGUCAGGCUAAACUCUAAAUGGGAUUUAAGAAGACUGUGUAAAACAGUUGGAGCUGUUGCACUGCCCAGAUUGACACCCCCAACACCUGAGGAGAUGGGUCGCUGUGACAGCGUCUACCUCACAGAAGUUGGUGACACCCAGGUGGUCGUCUUCAAACAUGAAAAAGAGGAUGGUGCCAUUUCUACUCUGGUUAUCAGGGGAUCCACAGACAAUCUGAUGGAUGACAUUGAAAGAGCCAUUGAUGAUGGUGUCAACACAUUCAAGGUUCUUGUAAGGGACAAGCGUCUUCUGCCAGGUGGUGGGGCCACUGAGAUCGAGCUGGCCAAACAGAUCACAUCAUAUGGAGAGUCCUGCCCAGGUCUGGAACAGUAUGCCAUCAAGAAGUUUGCUGAAGCUUUUGAGGCAGUGCCCCGUGCACUGGCGGAAAACUCUGGGGUCAAGGGUAAUGAACUUGUGUCCAAACUGUAUGCCGUACACCAUGAAGGGAACAAGAACAUUGGGUUUGACAUUGAGGGAGAGGGUGCAGCUUUGAAGGACAUGCUGGAGGCUGGCAUCUUGGACCCCUACCUAGUCAAACACUGGGGCAUUAAACUGGCCACCAAUGCUGCUGUCACUGUGCUCCGAGUUGACCAGAUCAUUAUGGCUAAACCGGCAGGGGGACCCAAAGCUCCCCAAGGCAAGCAAGGUUGGGAUGAGGAGGACUGAGAAGCCCCCCAGAUUCUCUGCAUAAACUUAUUUAUGUUCAACUAUUCACUUUCUAUAAGAAUAACCAUGUGCUGUUGUAUAGAAAGGCUGCUGCCUUUUGUCUUUGUUUUGUCAAUAAAAGACACUUAAGA